ACAGCAGCCGCCAUUUUCCUCAGAGCGGAAGGAGGAAGAGCAGAGAGAAAACAUUAAAGUGUUGAAGUGAAAAUCCUCAUUAAAUCUAUCUUUUCUGCAAUGGAAGUCCCCGGACCGGACAGCGACUGGAGGAGCCCUCAGUUCCGACAGAAAGUCGUCGCUCAGAUUGAGGAGGCGAUGAGGAAGGCAGGAACCGCUCACACCAAAUCCAGUAACGACAUGGAGAACCACGUUUAUGUCAAAGCCAAAUCCAGAGAGGAGUAUUUAUCUCUGGUGGCGAGGCUGAUCAUCCACUUUAGAGACAUCCACAAGAAGACUCUUGGAGGUCCAGAUCCAAUGAAUGCCCUGACUAACCUGACAGGGGUUGGAGUGGGCACGGGCGCCAUUGGCAUGGGGCCUCGCCCCACCGGUGCUCCAGUGGGUGGCAUGGGGGCCAUGGGGCAGAUGCAGAUAGGCCAGCAUGCCAUGGCAGGGGUGGCUGGAAACCCACAAGCCAUAGGGGGUCCAGGCCAAAUGCCGAUGCAGCAGAUGGUGCAAGCGCAACAGCAGCAGUCCAUUCAGUUUCAGCAGUUCCAGCAACAGAACGCCAUGCAGCAGCAGCAGCAGCAGCAACAGCAGCAGCAGCAGAACGCUGCCCUCCAGCGGCAGCAGUUCCAGGUGCAGCAGCUGAGGGCGCAGCAGCAGUUGCAGCAACAACAGCAGCAACAGCAGCAACAGCAGCAACAGCAGCAACAGCAGCAACAGCAGCACCACCAAAACCAGCAGCAACAGGCCCAGAACCAGCAGCAGCAGAACCAGAUGCACCAGACAACGAUUCAGCAGCAGCAGAUGGUGCAGCUGCAGCUUCAGCAGCAACAGGCUCAGGCUCAGGCUCAAGCUCAAGCUCAGGCUCAAGCUCAGGCUCAAGCUCAGGCUCAGGCUCAAGCUCAGGCUCAAGCUCAGGCUCAAGCUCAGGCUCAGGCUCAAGCUCAGGCUCAGGCUCAAGCUCAGGCUCAAGCUCAGGCUCAAGCUCAAGCUCAGGCUCAAGCUCAAGCUCAGGCUCAGUCCAUCCAGCACAUGGUUCAGCAGCAGCAGCAACAGCAGCAGCAGCAAGUUCAGUCUCAGCCUCAGCAAGGUCAGAUGCCUCCACACACUCAGCAGCAGCCCGGCAUGGUACCUCAGUCUCUGACCGGAGCGAUGGCACCUACUCAGCAUGUUCCCAUCAGCUCUCUCAGUCAGCAGCAGCAGCAGCAGCAGCAGCAGCAUCAGCUCAAGAUGCAGGCCCUCCAGCAGGCUCGUGCAGCCAUGCAGCAACAGCAGCAGGUGCAGCAGGUGCAGCAGGCGCAGCAAGCGGCACAGCAAGCUGCAGCACAGGCGCAGCUCAACGCAGCAGCUGCAGCCGGAGGAGCCGUCCCUGGACAGUUGGUCCGUCCUGGGAUGAUUCCUACCCGGAUGCCCCGAGCUGCCCUGAACCCCUCCAUCCCCCCUCAGAAUGCAGCUGCAGCUGCAGCCGCCGCCGCUGCAGCCGCAGCAGCCGCGGUUGGAGGACAGCAGAUGACACCGCAGGUGCAGCAGCAUUCUAUGAUGUCAUCACCCUCACCUGUGCAGGUUCAGACGCCUCAGUCCAUGCCUCCCCCUCCCCAGCCGUCACCUCAGCCCCCCAACUCACAGCCCAACUCAGCCAGCUCAGGUCCAACCCCAUCACCUGGAGGAUUCCAACCCAGCCCGUCCCCUCAGCCCUCACAGAGCCCCGCAAACAGCCGAACCCCCCAGAACUAUGGAGUCCCUUCUCCUGGACCACUCAAUACUCCAGGUAACCCAAACUCGGUGAUGAGUCCGGCUGGAGCCACGUCUCUGGAGGAUCAGCAGUACAUGGAGAAACUCAAACAGCUGUCCAAAUACAUCGAGCCUCUGCGGAGGAUGAUCAACAAGAUUGACAAGAAUGAAGACAGAAAGAAGGACCUGAGUAAGAUGAAGAGUCUGUUAAACAUCCUGACAGAUCCAAACACAAGGUGUCCUCUGAAGACGCUACAGAAGUGUGAGAUCGCGUUGGAGAAACUAAAGAACGACAUGGCCGUGCCGACUCCCCCUCCUCCGCCUGUUCCCACCAAGCAGCAGUAUCUGUGUCAGCCGCUGCUGGACGCUGUGAUGGCCAACAUCCGCUCUCCGGUCUUCAACCACUCUCUGUACAGAACCUUCGCCCCCGCCAUGACCACAAUCCACGGACCCCCGAUAACGGGUCCAAUCGUGUCGGGCAGGAAGAGGAAACACGAGGAGGACGACCGUCAGACCAUCCCGAACCUCCUGCAGGGCGAGGUUGCUCGCCUUGAUGUCAAGUUCCUCGUCAACCUAGAUCCUUCGUUUUGCAGCAACAACGGCACCGUGCACCUUGUCUGCAAGCUAGACGAUAAAAACCUGCCCAGUGUUCCUCCUCUGCAGCUCAGUGUUCCCGCCGAGUAUCCCGAACAGAGUCCAUUCUGGGCCGAUGAUGGGGAGCAGUAUGGUGCGAACAACUUCCUGCAGACGGUGCACAAAAAUAUGACGUCCAAACUGCUGCAGUUGCCUGACAAACACUCGGUGACGGAGCUGCUCAACAUCUGGGCGCAGAGCGUCCGCCAGGCCUGUCUGUCUGCUGCAUGAAGCCCCGCCCCCCCCUUCACUCCUCUGACAUCACCUCUCUGACACAGAGACACUUUUUUUAUGUGAACACUACAGUGUGACCUCUGACAGGUUGCUUUAGAAAGAACUGCUCGACCAAGUUGAUGGUCUUCAUCAAAUACAAAGGAACUGCUUUGUCCCACACACGUCUACGCUUCUGAACGCACCAUGAACAGAAUGUUAUCAGACAGGAAUCAUGUUCGAUGUUAUUUCUGAUGCAUUCUGGGUACAUUUAAUCUUGUUUCUUCGUCAGGCUGAAGGAGACUUUGGCAGCUCACAUCUAUUUAAUAUUUGUUGUUUUUUCUGCAGCAGUGAGAAACACAAAAGGGAAAAGAUUGAACAGAACCAUGUGUAAACAGAUGAAUGCCUCUUCCUGAUAUUAUUCUGCUCCCUGAAUGCAGCAUAGAAUGGUUUGAUGAGUUUGUACCUCAGAGAGGCACUAUUGUAAAGAACUCUGAAAAGGUUUGUACACUUUGCUUUUCAAAGUGAAAAUAUUAAUGUAUUUUUUUGCUAUUAUAAUUAAACUUUUCAGUUUCAA